ACAAAAAUAUUGAUCACCAAUUAUAAGAAACAACCGCAUACAAGUCCGCUCUUAGUAUACACCCUAGGCGGCUUGACUCGAACUUGGAUAGGCCUAUAAGGUUACUGCGUUAGGUAGUGCAUAACAUCGGCUCCAACGAUGGAUCGAAGAGCUCGGUUCGCCUGCAAGGCGUGUCGGAGACUAAAACGAAAAUGCCCCAAGGAGUUACCGUCCUGCUCUCUUUGUCUUCGCCUCGAGAGGCGGUGCGAGUACCUACCGCGAGCUCGAUAUGCGCCCGACAAUGACGCUGGUGAAUCAGCUACUAACUCUCAAAGCUCGAAUGGGGAAGUUGGUUUCCAAUCAUCAAAUAAUGGCUUAGCGGACUUAAACUUGAAUCACGAACGAGAACCCCUGUUGAGAACCAAGGGCAUCUAUGAUUUUCCGGCUAUGUUCUUUUUAGAUUCUGAAGUUUGCUUGCAGCCUUUAUCAUCAGAACUCAAUCAAGCAAUGCCUUCCGUCUCCUCUCAUAACAUCCCCGCGGAAGCCCUUGCAGUCUAUGAUAAGUACUUUUCUACCAUCCACCAUUGGUUACCUAUCCUAAGCAAGAAAAUUGCUCGACGAUACAUCGGCGAGGAUGGGCUAGCUCCAGACUCCCCUUCCCAACUUCUUUUUCUUUGCAUGAAGCUAGUAUCUGAACCUCCAUCAUCUAGCGUAUCUCCAAGAACUUGCAUGACUUAUGCCAGAACACUGGAGACCCUGCUUAAAGUAGAGAAUUCGUGUCUUCCUUGUCUCCAACUCCUUCAAUCUAUCAUCUUGAUCGCGAUCUAUGAGAUAGGCCAUGCUAUCUAUCCAGCGGCAUACUUACGUGUUGGUUAUGCUUCACGACUCUGCAUAAUGAUGGGAUUUCAUGACCGCAAGAAUGCAAACCAACUAUUCAAAGACGCGGUUGGAUGGACGGGGCGAGAGGAAGAGCGUCGUGCGUGGUGGGCAGUGUUUUGCCUUGAUAGGAUAAUGAACCAAGGUACUAUCGGAAUGUUGAUGUCGACCCCUGAACCGAGUCCUGGAGAGCUGUUACCGUGUCCGGAACAAUCCUGGAACGAAGGCGGAAUCGGCUUUAACGAACCCCUAUUUGCGGCAUCAUUCUCUAGCAACACUAGCUUAGGAUCAUUCGCGAAUGUAUGUCAAGCAGCGCAUAUUCUUAGCCGCGCAUUACACCACCGCAAUCAUCUCCAUGAUAGUAAUAUAACCCUGGACUUCCGAAUAUCGGAGGCGAAACAACUUCACAAUAUCCUGACGUCGCUGUCAUCUCAUCUCAUUGACAUCCACAAAGAGUCGCCAUCUCCAACAGGACCUAUAAUUGUCGCGAUAGCCUUAUGUUUCUCUGCCCGUCUCAUCCUAUACGAAAUAUACGCGUGCAAUGAGAAGUUUUCGACCGACCACGGAAGAUCCUCCUCCGAAGCUGAGAUGCAACGGAAUUCAAUGUCUGGUAUUUUGGACGUUGCCGAGAAUACCUGGCAACUUUCUCAGCAGAUUCUCUAUUCAAUUGACCAGGUCAGCGAAGACGGACUUAGCAACUAUAGUCCUCUCCUAUGCCACUGUUUAUAUACUGUCGCAAGUGAGUGCGAGUGGUUGUUUCGCGAACAAGAGGAUUCGAGCGCGAAGAUAUGGUUGCGAGAUAUCGUGGAUCUCCUCAAGGCGAUUGGGAAACGAUGGCACGUCGCAGGCGCCUACUUAUCUGAGGUAUACAAGUGGCCUGGGUAUAAUAGGAUAGUCAAAACAUAGAAGAAUCUGAAUAAAUAUUUCUAGAGAUUUGAUGGUUCGUCCAGAGGGCUUUUUUCUCACGGACCGUCGGAGACUGCGUCGGGGCACCUAUAACACCACCCAAUGCCCGAUGGGAUGAGAUUUAGGGUGAUUUACUCAUG